UAUUAUCUUCUCGGUACUCUGUGAAUAUUAUUAUUAAGUCCUCUUGCUCUUUCCAUGUUAUUUUUUUCUAUGAUCUUUUAAAUUACCUUAAUUAAUAAUUAGUAUCGACAACAAAUAGAAAAAUGGCACAAACGGCGGGUGUCAAGCCUAUGGCUAUUGCUGGCCGAGUAGCCUCCGAGAGAGAAAGAUGUUUGGGUAUGACGGACGCUGAGAGAGCUUGGCGCAAACAGUGGCUAAAAGAUCAAAUUUUAGCUCCCAAUGAACCAGUUCAUGUCGAAGAAUACUGGAAAGAGAGAACUAAUCCUAUUCGUCGUUUCUAUCGUAAACCUUUGGAUAAACUCUUCACUUCCCUUAUUCCAAUGCUGGGUGAGGAGCGUGCUGUAAAUUAUAGGUACAUUACUGGGAAACUUGGCCUGAUAGCAAUUGGUGUACUUUCUGUACAUUACUACUUCAAAUACCAAGGAAAUGAUUGGACAAAGAAAGGUGGUUGGAGAGUGAUGAGGACCAAGCCUACAGUCCUACCAGGGCAACCAGGUUUUCCAUUCAAAUCUGAACGAUCCAAGCCUUCUGAUUAUGCUGACAGAAAUUUCAAGAAUUCAGUGAUCUAAAUAUAUAAAUGCAAUAAUUGUUUUACCUCUGUGGAAAAACUUGUUAAAAAAGGCAUAUAAUUAGUUAAUAAAAUUUAAUUU